UUUGUCGUUUUUGUCGAAACUGCAACUACGAAUAAGGAAAUAGGCGCUCUGAUAGCCGGCUGGAACAGCUGACAGAGUCAUCAUACAGCGGUGAAAAUGAGGAAAAACAAAGUGAAAACGAACACAACUGAGAAAGAGUUUGUGUUUGAGUACAAGGCAGGCAGACACCACUGUGUUCUCAAAGUGCCCCUUCAGUUUCCUGUUCAAGAAAAUGUCAGUGAUCUUCAUGGGAGGCUCAUGCUGCUUCACAAAAUCCCCUGCUUCGUAGAGACAGAAUUAAAAGACAGACUUCUGGCCUUCAUUGAGAGAGAAACAUUAGAAGAUUAUGACCGGGAAGCUGAAGCAGCUCUACAGAAGCUCACUAAUGGAGAGGCUGACCUCAAUAAACUCACCAACUUGUGGGCCAAAGCAUAUACUGAGACUACAUUGGAACAUGCCUGUCCAGAGGAGCCCAGCUGGGAUGAGGAUUUCGCAGAUGUUUACCAUGAGCUGAUCCACUCUCCGGCCUCUGAAACGCUGCUCAACCUGGAACACAACUACUACGUCAGUGUGUCAGAACUCAUCAGUGAGAGAGAUAUGGAGCUGAAGAAGCUUCAGGAGAGACAGGCAGCCGAAAUGGACAAAGUCAUGCAGGAGCUGGGAAAGACCUUGAGUGAUCAUGAUGUAAAUACUGUGGCAGCGCAGCACUUUGACGCCCAGCAGGUAUUGGAGAACAAGUGGGCCAGUGAGCUGAAGCAAGUCACGGGUAUUCAGAAGCAAGAAUACCAGGAGUGGGUGAUCAAACUGCACCAGGACCUCCACAAUCCCAACAACAGCACAAUCAAUGAGGAGAUUAAGGUACAGUCUGGUCAGCUGGCGGAGGCCGGGGACAUGGGGGCCAGACACUUCGAGGAGCAGCGACAGCUGGAGGAGAGCUUCACUAUUCACUUAGGUGCUCAGCUGAAGACCAUGCACAACCUUCGGCUGGUCCGUGCCAAUGUGCUGGAUUUCUGCAAGCACCGCCGGCACGGCAGUGGCGGAGCAAAGCUUCGGCGGCUGCAGACGGCGCUGUCGCUGUACUCCGUCUCUCUCUGUGGAUUGGUCUUGCUUGUCGACAACAGGGUUAACUCCUACAGCGGCAUUAAGAGAGAUUUUGCCACAGUGUCUAAAGAGUGCACAGAUUUCCAUUUCCCCCGGCUGUCCGAGCAGCUGGAAGUGGUCCAGCAGGUGGUGCUCUAUGCACGGGCCCAGCGCAGCAGCAAGCAGAGGGAACAGCCGGAGAUGCCAAGAAAUGGAAGCAGUGAUGACAAAAACAAGAACAUUGAACGAAACUCUUCUAACAUCCUUCCUGGUGAAUUUUACAUCUCUCGGCACUCUAACCUGUCAGAGGUUCAUAUCGUCUUCCACCUGUGUGUGGACGAUAAUGUGCGGUCGGGAAACCUCACAGCCCGGGACCCGGCCAUCAUGGGAUUGCGCAACAUUCUGAAAGUGUGCUGCACUCACGAUAUCACCACCAUCACCAUCCCACUGCUGCUGGUGCAUGACAUGUCUGAGGAGAUGACUAUUCCCUGGUGUCUAAAGCGAGCUGAGCUGGUCUUUAAAUGUGUGAAAGGUUUCAUGAUGGAAAUGGCUUCUUGGGAUGGAGGGAUCUCACGGACAGUCCAGUUCCUUGUCCCACAGAGUAUCUCAGAGGAAAUGUUCUACCAGCUGAGUAACAUGCUGCCUCAGAUCUUCAGAGUGUCCUCCACACUCACCCUGACGUCUAAACGCUGAACAGGACCCACAGCACUGAGGACAAGCUCCCAGAGUGUAUUAAGAUAGCAAGUCCAUUCUCCUUAAAACAGAGACAGUACUAGGGUAGGAGUUUAGAUUUACCACUGGUAAAUGGCAUUACUUCUUCACAGUUUGUGAUUUUUAAGAGACUUGAUUGGUCGUCGGCAUCAUUAUCUGUCACUGGUUACGUGUUCUUGUGUCUGUAGCAGCUUUUCAGUCUUUUAUAGCAUCUCUCAUGCUAUAUUGUGGCAUUAUCUGAAGCAGUCUGCUCUAAUUAUGUUGGUGUGGGUGGUAAAGAAGGUCAGUGCUGUCUGUACUGAUCAGAGAGGAAUGACGCUAUCUUGCUGUGUCCUUCUUGGCGAAGACACAGAUUAAAAAAAAAAAAACAUUCCAGUGUUUAUUUAAUCAUCUUGGCUUUAUUAAUUGUGUUUAUUUUAUAUAUGCAGAUCAGCCAUAACAUUAAAACCACUGCCAGGGAAAAAGAAUAACCCUGAUGAUUUAGUGAUGGAUAGAUAGAUGUACAGUGUGCAAUGUAAAGCAGGUGCUUUUAAUGUUGUGGCUGAUUGAUGUACAUUAUGUAUAGCAUGUGUAUAGCAUAAACAAGGCAUAUUUACCUAUUGACUUAGGUAAAAUAAAUACAUACAUUUAAAAAAAAUGUAAUAAAUUCCUGUGAAUUAUAA